GAAAAUGAAAUUUAAGCGACUGUGAUAUUAACGAAGAAGAGAGUUUGUGUGAGACAAAACAAUGGUGAAGGAUUUGCCCUACGGGUUAUUGAUUGGAUUAUUCUCUUUUGCUGCUGCUGGUGAUUGGAAUUUUUGGAAAUGUUUCGAGACUGAGAGAAGAUGUCCUAACGAAAAUGUCACCUUUUGGCUUUACACAAGACAAACCCAAAGCAAUCCGACACAGCUCGAUUUAUUCGAACCGGGAACAAUAGACCACGCCCCAUUCGCUCCCGAUCGACCGUUGAUUGUUCUGAUCCACGGCUACACGGGUCACCGUGAUUACGCCCCCAACGACUCAAUUCGACCAGCCUACUUGGAUUACGCAGAAUUCAACAUCAUUUCACUUGACUACAACCCUCUGGUGCAGGAGCCGUGUUACUAUCAGGCGGUGCGCAACCUACCGACAGUGGCCAACUGCACGGCCCAACUGUUGGACUACAUGGUCGACCGAAGGAUUUUCACAUUGGAUGACAUUCACGUCGUGGGUUUCAGCCUCGGAAGUCAGGUUUCCGGUCAGAUAGCCAAUUACAUCCAAACGGGGAUAUUGAAACGCAUAACUGGUUUGGACCCUGCUAAGCCGUUGUUUAUCGCAGCUCCAAAUGAGAACAAAUUGGACCAGUCGGAUGCGGAAUUCGUUCAGGUGAUUCACACGGACGUGCUCGCCAGAGGUAUUCUGCACCCCAGCGGUCACGCAGAUUUCUACGUCAACGGUGGAGUUGAGCAGCCGGGGUGCAGAGACCAAUCGAAUCAGACGACCGGUGAAUGCAACCACAACCGAGCGCCAAAGUACUAUGCGGAAUCGAUCGCCACGGAAGUGGGAUUUUAUGGGUAUAGGUGUGCCCACUGGUACCUCUACAUGCUGGGGCUGUGCAGAGCUAGCAACGAUAGCACGAUUGCGAUCAUGGGAGCGUACACCCCGAACACAACACGCGGUCAAUACUUCCUGGAUGUCAACAGCCAGCCACCAUACGCUCAAGGAAUGAAAUUUUCCCGUAGCAAUGAAUUCGUGGUUCCCUCGUGA